AUGGCGGUGGUCUGGAGGCUGAUUGUGGUCUGCGGUGCUCAAGGAGCCCGAGCUCUUUCCAAGGCUGCAUCUCUCCACUGUACUGGUGAGAGGGUUGUCAGUGUUUUGCUCCUGGGCCUGCUUCCAGCUGCUUAUUUGAAUCCUUGCUCUGUGAUGGACUACUCUUUAGUUGCAGCUCUCAUUCUCCAUUGUCACUGGGACAUGGGACAGGUUGUUACUGACUAUAUCCAUGAAGAUGCACCACAGAAAGUUGCCACGGCUGGCUUCUUAGCACUCUUGGCUUUAACCUUUACUGGUCUGUGUUAUUUCACCUAUCAAAAUGUAGGACUCUGUAAAGCUAUUGUGGUGCUGUGGAAGCUCUGA